CAGCAGCCAUGGUGGACGCAGCCGCCGCCGAGCAGUUCCUGGACGCCAACCCGCAGUUUGCCAAGCAGUACUAUGACAUCAACUUCCGGCCGAAGGUCAUCUCGGACCUGCUGGACAACAACCGCAAGACGGCGGUGAACAUCAGCACGUUCCACGACCUGACGAUGGUGGAGGAGAGCGAGAUCGUCUUCGACCUGGUGAGGGACAUCCAGGACAACCUGCAGAUGGAGAAGUCCGUCUUCAACCUCAUGAAACAUCUCAGCUUCAUGAUGAGGGCCGACCGCAUGAGCCUCUUCAUGUACCGGCAGAGGAACGGCGUGGCCGAGCUGGCAACAAGGUUAUUCAACGUCAAUAAAGAUUCGUUGUUCGAGGACUGUCUGGUGCAGCCGGACAGUGAGAUCGUUUACCCGCUGGACAUCGGCAUCGUGGGUCACGUGGCCUCCAGCAAGAAGAUGGUCAACAUUCCUGAUGUGUCGGAGAGCCCCCAUUACAGUGAGUUUGUGGACGAGCUGACCGAGUACAAGACCAAGAACCUCCUGGCCGUGCCCAUCAUGAACGGUAAAGACAUGGUGGCCGUCAUGAUGGCCAUCAACAAGCUGGACGGGCCGCGCUUCACGGACAAAGAUGAGGAGAUCCUGAACAAGUAUCUGAACUUCGUCAACCUGAUGCUGAGAGUUUUCCACCUGAGUUACCUGCACAACUGUGAGACCAGGAGGGGACAGGUGCUGCUGUGGUCGGCCAGCAAGGUGUUCGAGGAGCUGACGGACAUCGAGAGGCAGUUCCACAAAGCCUUGUACACAGUCCGAGCUUUCCUCAACUGUGACCGCUACUCCGUGGGUCUGCUGGACAUGACCAAGACCAAGGAGUUCUUUGACCUGUGGCCUGUUCUGAUGGGAGAAGUUCCCCCGUACGAGGGACCCAAAACUCCUGAUGGCAGGGAAAUCAUCUUCUACAAAGUGAUCGACUACAUCCUCCACGGGAAAGAAGAAAUCAAAGUUAUACCGGGUCCUGAUGCAGAUCACUGGGCUCUGGCCAGUGGUUUACCAAUCUACGUGGCAGAGAACGGACUGAUCUGUAACAUCAUGAACGCAGCACAAGACGAUUUCUUCAACUUCCAGAAAGAACCUCUGGACAAUUCUGGAUGGACCAUCAAGAACGUCCUGUCUCUGCCAAUCGUCAACAAGAAAGAGGAGAUAGUGGGCGUGGCCACGUUCUAUAACAGGAAGGAUGGGAAACCCUUUGAUGAAAUGGACGAAACGCUGAUGGAGUCUCUAACCCAGUUCCUGGGCUGGUCGGUGCUGAACCCCGACACCUACGACCGGAUGAACAAGCUGGAGAACAGGAAGGACAUCUUCCAGGACAUGGUGAUGUACCACGUCAAGUGUCGCAAGGACGAGAUCCAGAACGUUCUGAACACCAGGGAGAGGUGGGGGAAGGAGCCCGACGAGUGCGAGGAGGAGGAGCUGCAGGAGAUUCUGACGGAGAUUUUGCCGAACUCUAAGAAAUCGGAGAUCUUAGAGUUUCACUUCUGCGACUUUGAGCACAGUGAACUGGAUCUGGUGAAGUGCGGAAUCCAGAUGUACUACGAGCUGAAGGUGGUGGACAAGUUCCACAUUCCCAGAGAGGUGCUGGUGAGGUUCAUCUACUCGCUCAGUAAAGGCUACAGGAGAAUCACUUACCACAACUGGAGACAUGGAUUCAACGUGGGACAGACGAUGUUCACUCUGCUGAUGACAGGUGAUCUGAAGCGUUACUUCACGGACCUGGAGUGUAUGGCCAUGGUCACCGCCGGCUUGUGCCACGACAUCGACCACAGAGGAACCAACAACCUCUACCAGCUGAAGUCUGCUAAUCCUCUGGCGAAGCUUCAUGGCUCCUCCAUCAUGGAGAGACACCAUCUGGAGUUUGGAAAGACUCUGCUGAGAGAGGAAUCAUUGAACAUUUAUCAGAACCUGAACCGACGUCAGCACGACACGGUGAUCCACCUCAUGGACAUCGCCAUCAUCGCCACUGACCUGGCGCUCUACUUCAAGAAAAGGACGAUGUUCCAGAAGAUCGUGGACCAGUCCAAGACCUACGAGAACUGGAACGACUGGACCAAGUACAUGAUGCUGGAGACCACGCGCAAGGAGAUUGUCAUGGCCAUGAUGAUGACGGCCUGUGACCUGUCUGCCAUCGCCAAGCCGUGGGAGAUCCAGAGCAAGGUGGCGCUGUCUGUCGCUGCAGAGUUCUGGGAGCAGGGAGACCUGGAGAGGACGGUUCUGGAGCAACAGCCCAUUCCGAUGAUGGACAGAAACAAAUCAGAGGACCUGCCCAAGCUUCAGUGUGGUUUCAUCGACUUUGUCUGCGCGUUUGUGUACAAGGAGUUCAGCCGCUUCCACGUGGAGAUCACCCCCAUGCUGGACCGCCUGCUGAACAACAGGAAGGAGUGGAACGCCCUGAAGGAGGUGCACGAGGCCAAAGUGGCCGCCAUCGAGGCCGCCAAGAAGUCCAAGGAGGAGGAGACGCAGAACGCAGCGGGAGCCAAACAAGCGGGUGCAGCCCAGUCACAAUCAAAGACUUGUAUUCUCAGCUAA